AUGGGCGUUGAAGGCAGGACCCCAGGAGGUAUUGGGACAAAGCUACGGACAUUGAAAGCACUCCAUCCAGAACUACAAGGAGAGGCUGGUGUAUGGAUAUGGAACCAGGUUGAUGCUUACAUUCGUGACUGCAACAUUGCCAACCUAGACGAGCUGUUGUACUUCAGUCCGACAGAGCUGGAAGCAGUCUCCCAAUACGAGCAUCCGAAGACCCUGACCGUCCUUAUUCGAAAUCUUACUACGUCAUCAGUUCAGGACAUCUGA